AAAAUCGGUAGACGGGCCCUAAUUCUACAACUUGUGUGCUCCUCUUCACACCAAAUGAUUCCUCUCUACUGUCCACUUGGCACAAAACUCAUUUAACACAUAAAAAGGCUUCGUCUCUCCCACUUUCUUUCCCAAAGUUCUUCGCUUUUUCUUCCACUUUCCUUAUUUUUCUGAAACCAGCCGAGAAAAUACAAUAAAAUGCAAGACCCAAACCAAGACAUCAACACCAAGAACGUUGAUAGCAUUCACAAAACUGGCAACAGAUCAAUGUCGGAUACAGAGUCACAAACGAGUCAAUUCGACUCGUUUCACUCCCCUCUCCAUUCCGACUCAUCCCUCCACUCCGACUAUCCUGAACCCCUACCCCCACCGGCACCCGAUUCUUAUUCCCCACCAAAAUCCCCUUCCAAAGCCAUUGUUUCCGCCGAUAAGCUCUAUCCCCCUCUCCGGUCGCCUGAAAAGCCGCCGCAAAAUUCAAAAUUUCAGGCGAAUUCUAAUUUGCCGCCGAGUUAUCCGCCGGCGGUGAAGAGUCAGAAUCAGGCGCCGCUGGUGAAGAGUCAGAAUCAGGUGCCGCCGGGGCUGGUAGUGAAUAAGGCGGUGAGAGAGGAGGUGGCGUCGGGGGUAACGAAGGUGGGACAUACAGGUUUGGGUGGUGUAGAGGAUGGUUAUGGUGGUGGUGCUGAGGAUGGGGUGGGAGGAGAGAGGAGAUCUCGGGCGGCGGUGUCGUCAAUACUGAGGAGGACGCGGAAGGAUGUGAUGGUGAACAAGGCGGCUUUAGGGUUUAGGGUUUGUGAGGUGAUUUUAUGCUUGAUUUCGUUUUCAGUUAUGGCUGCUGAUAAGACUCAGGGGUGGAGCGGUGAUUCCUUUGAUCGAUACAAGGAAUACAGGUAUUGUGUAGCUGUGUCUGUCAUCGGAUUUGCAUACUCAGGGUUCCAAGCUUGCAAUCUCUCCUAUCAUUUGAUCUCUGGGAAAUACAUAAUCUCUCACCCUCUUCGUUAUUAUUUUGAUUUUGCAAUGGAUCAGAUACUGGCAUAUCUUCUAAUGUCGGCAUCAUCUUCAGCAGCAGCUAGGGUUGAUGACUGGACAUCAAACUGGGGGAAAGAUGAGUUUACAGAGAUGGCUAGUGCAUCUAUUGGGAUGUCCUUUCUGGCUUUUGUUGCUUUCGCCACGAGCUCCCUAAUAUCUGGUUACAACCUCUGCAACUUCAAUUCCACUUGAUCUCAAGACUAUUCUCGAACCGUUUUUAUAUCAGGCUUUAAAGUGGUAAGAAAAAUGCUGGUAGAUUAUUUCAACGCAAGUCGUAUUUGAAGUUGUACAUAUACGAGCAUCAUGAUAGAUUCUAUAGUAAAUAUUCUUUUCAACAAAAAAGAGGAGAGAACAAAGUUGGGGGGGGGGGUAGGUUGUAAGUUGUAACUAUAUAGUUGGUUUUGAUGGAAAUGAAAUGAAUCAUUCAACUAUAUUAUACAAAUAAACAUUGUUUUGUGCAUGGAGAGACUGAUUUCGGUGAAUGUGUUAAUAUCUCUUAGUGUCAUCUCACUGCGAUUACCAAUGAUGUUGGCCCAACGGGUAAGGACUUGGAUUUUUUUGCUUAAUUUUUGUGUCAGAGUCUCCAUAGUUACAAAAGUUCGUUGGAACUAAAUUUAUUCUGCAGCGUCCAGAGGACACGAUGGGACCUUAGUUUUAGCCCCGACUUAAGUGUGGUGGAGUCCCUGCAGAUAGCCGUGGGACCUUAGUCUUAGCCCCAACAUAGGUGCGGUGGAAUCUCCUGUAGAUAACAGUGUGGUGAUGAGAUGCAAUGUUUU